ACUGUCCAUAAUUUUAAAGGGUGCCUCCAGACUGCCCAUAAUUUGAAAGGGUGCCUCCAGACUGUCCAUAAUUUUAAAGGGUGCCUCCAGACUACUGUCCAUAAUUUUAAGGGGUACCUCCAGACUGCCCAUAAUUUUAAGGGGUACCUCCAGACUGUCCAUAAUUUUAAAGGGUGCCUCGGGACUGUCCAU